UCUGUCUGUCUUGAACACGCUAGUCGAUACGUCUUGUUCAAAUUUGGCUGUAUUGUACAGGAAACAUGGAAGGCAGUUCUUGUGUAUGAGAAGCUAAAAGGGUUUUAAACGUUGAGGAUACAAUUUGUCAACAAAGUACCAUGAAUAUUCAUUGUAUGGUAUUUUGUGGAUCAUAUGAUCAUGAAGAAUGCUUUCAUUGCAAACUUCAUUGAACUGCAUUUUUCCAAAGCUGAUAAAGACGUCAAGCUAUGAUAAAUGAAAAUACAAAUUGUAAUCUUGUUUAUACAUUGGAAGAUGAUAUUUCAGGACAGGUUCUCAAGUCUAAAGAUGAUGAAGAGACUAACUCUGGGUCGUCUUCUGUUGCUUUGUGGAUCAAGUCGUUGAAGGAGAACAAUGGUUCUUUUGACAACACAAACCAAGAUUACCAUGGUUAUUCUGGUUCAUCAAGUGACCAAGAUGACUUGCAGCUUGGUGAAGAGGCAAAUGAUGUUAGACGAAGAUACAAAUCUCCUACUUUAGGUCGAGACAGCGACUCUGACAGCAAUCACAACAAGUGGUUUUCCAGGUCGUGUAAAAAAGCGUUUCUAACCAACCGAUUAUCGUAUGAUAGAUCACUGGAUAGUGAUACUUCAGGAUUCUCCUCUGUUACAAGUGUUUCUAGCCUUUUAACGGCGAGAGAAAGCGACCCAGAAGAUGUCCUGAGAGGAGCUGGUUUUCGAGGUCCUACCGUUCUUGAUAAGAUCCCAGAUAGGUUUAUUAAUAGUGGAACUGUUUGUGACGGAGUUGACUCAGAACAAUUUCUGUACAGCGUACAAGACGAUCCCGACAGCGCCAUGCCUGUAAAUUCAGAAAUACCCCCAUGGGUGAUGGCGAGAUUUGAUGAAAUUCCAAGAAAAUUUUGGAACCAGAAAGACGACUCCUUAGAAUCCACCGAAAAUGUUGGGUUGGGUCCACCUCUUAUUAACGAACCCCCACCAGACGAAACAAGCGAAGACGCCCCUUCACGUUAUCCCAAAUCUUUCCCUUCAAAAUUUGGCACGUAUCUUGAACCCGUGACAGAGGAAGCCGAACUCUCAUCCCAAGGUAGUUUCACGUUAAGUCCACUGAAAACUGCAAGUUUUGAGAGCUCGCGUUCUACUCUGAAAGCCAACAGUCAGGAUGACCAAGAGAGCUUACAGAAAAUACCAUCCUUGUGUGAUCUCUGGGGAACAACCGAAGACGAUGGGGGAAUAAGUUUUGAAGCAAUGCGCAGUGAAGACCAUGGAAUAUGCUCGGAUAAUGACGGGGACGAAUUACCCGAGGUUCAUUUACCUGAAGAGAAUAAGAUCCAGGAAACCAUCCUAGGUUCUAAUGAAGACUGGAUCGACAAGAAUCGAAAUAACACUUCUGUUAGUCCAUGGAGUUCAGUGCCUGUAAUUGCUGAUAUCCAGGGUACAACAGCUGACGUUACUCCACCUAUCGUUAGCGGUCCGUGGUCAGAUGAUUCAUCGAUCCCGGCUCUGUCAUUUUAUUUCAGUGAAAACGAUGCACCUGCUUCGGAAAAUCUUCGCGAUUCGUCGCCAGAUCCACUGGUUAAACAGGUUAAACAGGUUACAGGCAAAUGCGAAUCAUCAAAUGUCAACGAUGAAAGUAUCACUACUGGAAAUCAGUCUUGUUUAACCAUCCCAACAGUAACGGUUUCUGAACCCGUUGAAAAAACCCGAAAAAUAUCGACAGUCAUUGCACCAGAUAUUGACAAAUUACUACCGCCAAGCGACAAGGAGGGAAAUACUCGAGUUAAAAGGGGGAAGAAAACGGAGGUUUCCUCUGCUAGAAGACAGCCGAAAGUUACUCAGUUUAAUUUGUAUAAUUCUCAGAAAUGGGCCUCAGUUAAAAACGUGUUACAACCCCAGAUGCAAUUUACUAGCGACAAGAAUUGUAAAGCCAUGCGAAGUGUUUCAAUACGCGGCCGCAAAGCAUCUGACAGCAAGGUGACGUUAUCUGUAAGCCGAUGUAAGGAAAGACAAGUCAUGGUGCUUUGUAACAAAGAUUUUCAACAAGUUCCGUGUUUCAUCGAUUUAGAUGUUGAAACAAGAAAAACACGUUCAAAAACUAGUAAAGCAAGUUCGACGCCAGCCUCUAGAGGUUUAGAAACCAGUGAAACUGGUUGUCGCAAGCGGUCAGAAACACUUAAACGACAAGAAAGAGUUUCAACAACCCUACCAGCUCAACAAACCAACGAAGGACAGGAAUAUUCAGGAGAAGAAAGCGAUGAUUCUAAAACCAAGUAUGGUGCUCGUUUGAAUAAUGGCAUGAAUAUUGAGGAGGAACUUGAUGGUCUACAAAAUUCACUGAAAGGUGUAAAAAUGUACAAGGCUGGAAUUCAUUUAAUGCAAUUGGCGUCUUCUGUGGAGACUGUCAUGUGCUCUGAAAAACGACCUAAACGAUUGCAAGACCGUUCAAGCGAACGUCUACUCGACUCCAUUCAAAAGGAGUUGAAACAUUUGGAAGAAUAUAUUUUACGAUUUCAAAAACAAUUGAAGGGAAUUAAAAAGGAAAGUGACAAGGACGAAAAAAGAGAAGAAUCUCGUCGUCGGGAAAGCGACUUCUCGGAUAUUACGCGUCAGCUGCUUCACGAGCAACUCAAGUUGUUCAACUCCAUUUCGAGCGCAGCAGUUUCCCCGUCAUCCACGCCAAGUGAGUCACGUGAUGGAAGUCUGUGCUCGGAAACCCCGGAUGUAUUACGUCACACUGACGUCAUGAAACUUAGAAGAGAAAUGCAACAAUUACGACAGGACAGCCAAGAUCAGAGUGCAACGAUGAAAGAGGAGAUUUUGGGCGAGGUGAGAGCUGAAAUUAGACAGUGUUUCAAAGAAUUUUUUGAGACUAAAUCCUAAUGAAAUUCGGUGAGAAAAUAUCAUAUCAAAUUUACCAAAAUAUAAUUAUUUAUGUCAAUGAAAUAUUUAAAAUGUACAGAUUAUUAAUUGCACAAAUUAUGACAAUAAAUAUAUAAAUAUUUUGACCUGCAUGAAAUGUGAUGGUAUUUUUAAAUUUCAAUUGGCGAUCAUAUACAUUGAAAUAUAUUAAUCAAACAUGCUUCAAAACUACACAGAA